AGAAGGUCGACAUGCCGAGGCAGGCCCUUAUUGUAGAUGGACUCUGGUAUUGCCUCUGUCCAUCAUUCAGCCUCAAUACCAUCAAACGCCCUGGUAUCCCCCUCAUAAGGGGGAAGCGAGCUCCCAAACCCAGGCAGUUUUCGGCAUUAACUCACCCAUUGUCAACAUCUCGAAAAUACUUCAGCAGCACUCGUAUUCGGAAAGCCGGUGAACAUGGGUCGACUGUCGGUGAUGAAGUGCAUGAGGUGGGAGGUAGCCAAUUCAUAAUCGAUCAGAAAGCUCCCUGGGAACUAGAUGAGAGUCAGAACCCCGGGCAUGAUGUCGACGCAUCACCGACAGAGAGCAACCCUGGCGCAGAGUCUACACGCAAGCGCCCGCCCGGAGUUCCCAAGACGCUCGAACAUAAGUCAACAUCUCAUCUGGAGCAAAAGCUUCAAGAGCUAACUACCACCACCCCAAGGAUCUUAAAUACGAGCCAGAUACUGCGCAUUCUGGUCAGAGAUCGCCAUACACGUCCUGAGAUACGACACUAUAGGGCAUUAAUACGCGCCAACUCAGAUGCUGAGCGUGGGUCGCCAGAAGUCGUUCGGCAAUUACUAGCUGAAAUGGAGGCGAAUAGCUUAACGUUGGAUUCUGGCACGUUGCACACCGCAUUACAGGCUCUUGCGGUUCAUCCUGAUUAUAUACUACGUCAGGAGAUUGUGCGCACUCUUCGAGACCGAUGGCUUCCUUUAAGUCCUGACGGUUGGCAUUAUGUCGUGGCUGGCCUUGUGAGGGAACAUCAGUUUGAAUUGGCACUGGAUCAUAUCGCGCACAUGGAGAGGAAAGACGUUCCGGUUGAGGGCUGGCUACACAGCAUGCUCAUUUACUACCUCUGCGAAUUUGAAGAGUUCGACGAGGUGGCACGGUUAAUGCGUUCGCGGCUUGGCCAGGGGUAUGAUAUGACGACAGACCUAUGGCUUUACGUACUCGAUGUGGCGAGUGCCGCCGUUCACCACGAAGCCACACGUUUUGUGUGGAAUCAGAUGGUUGAGCUGAGAUACAUGUACCCGCCAUAUGGUGUCUGCGGAAAUGUGUUGACGGUAGCGUCCCGCACUGGGGAUACAGAGCUUGCUGCGUCUGUCGCCCGCUUUUUAACUGAGACUGAUGUACCCCUCGGUUUGGAAGAUUACGAAAAGAUUACUGAGACCUACGUGAUGUCUGGUGAUCUUUACGCUGGGUUCGAAGUCCUUUGCGAAAUGCACAAAGUGGGGAUUGCGUUGGAAUCAAGUUCAACAGCCGCCAUAUUGACUUACAUGAUUCAAUCAAGGACCAACCCGCGGGAUGCCUGGUCAAUUCUCAAGCAACUAAAGUCUCUGAAAUAUGAAAUUCCCCUUCGUUGUGCACUUGUCGUUAUUGAGAUGUGUGAGCACGAGGCUAUUAACGACCCCUUCGUGGUAGAUGAGGGGGUGGCACUCUACAAGGAGCUCUAUGCGUUGUGCUCGGAAAAGGCGGAUGUCUCAGUUUACAACUCCCUUAUUGGUAUGUGUCGCCGGGCUAAAAAUACCGAUGCUGGCAUGUUCAUCGUAAAAGAGAUGGCCACGCUUGGCGUGGUGCCGAAUGCCACGACAUUCGAACAUCUCAUCAUCAUGUGUUUGGAUGCUGGGAAUUUCGAAUCGGCGUACAUGUACUUCCAGGAUUUGCUUGCACGAGAUGCAUCCCCCAGCGAGGAUGCACGAGCUGAGAUUCGGGACCUGUGUACCGGUUCGAGCGACCAGUACGCUGUUCAAUUGAAGUACCAUCCACAGAUCAGGGAUGCGCUAGUCCGCAGGCAGGUAGAUGACUUGGAUCCCACACAUGAGCGUGCUGGGCUCAUCAAGAAGGUGCCGUCUGACGCACCCCCCGAAUACGCCAAUCGUUUCAGACCUGGGGGACGGAGAUCUUUUACCAAAGAGGAGCGACGGGCCGAAAGCAAGGAGAAGCGAAAGCAGAAGAGAAGACGGUUGGCGAUCGCAAGGGCUCGAGAGGAGGACGGAUGGGAAGACUACGAGCCAGGUGGACUCAUCCCUGAGGAUCAAAUCAAGGCCGAUGCAAAAUCGCCAUCCUGUUGAACUGGGGUUGCUAUAUUGUACAGUAUAUCGUUCCCCAUUGUAAAUUAGUGCCUAGCGAUACCUUUCAAAAUCAUCCGGAAUGAUGCCAGAUCGGAG